UCCAAAUUGAUAUUCUAUUUGAGCUUCAAAAAGACUAAAAAAAGAGGGAGAUAAAAUAUACCUUCCAUACGUUUAAGGGAUUCAGGGGAGCUUGUUAUUCUCCAGGACACGGCUCAGAGAUGUUUGGCACCCGGGUUAUAUCGUCGAACACUGCGCUCUUCGCCGCUCGACAGCAUGGACUCGCAGUCAAUCGGUCCAGUUGGCACCGUCAAUCAGUGCGCAGCAUAAGAAGACAGCCAGCCAGAAACUUCGGGGGCUCUGCAAGAUGUGAGCAAGAAGAAAAGAAGAGACAGGACUCCUUCAAGGGCCAACUGUAUGAAAGUACGCAGCAACGACUGGACCGAGAACGGGCAGAGCUGCAACGUUUUGCACGGAUGCAAAAGCAAUCUCCCCAUAUCCAAUAUACAGCAAUGACCAUCACUGUUAUUGUUACGGCUCUCGGCUGCUACUUUCUCGGUACUCUAAAGCCAGCAGAGCUUCCGGCAUCCUCUACCACGCCUCUUAUCGACGCCCAGCCACCCCAGCAUAACGUUUCGCCCUCAAAUCUACAAGCAGCCUGGGCCGAUUUUAUCGAGAUUGUAGGCAGAGAAAACGUGUCGACUGAACAGGGUGAUCUAGAUGAACACUCGGGGUCUGCAUGGUCAUCAUACAGUGUGAGAGAAAAUGAAAGGUCAUUUCUUGUCGUCUUCCCUUCAACAACCGAGGAAGUUUCCCGUAUCAUGAAAGUCUGUCACGUCAGACUUAUCCCCGUCACACCGUACUCUGGUGGAACUAGCUUGGAAGGCCAUUUUUCCCCAACACCCGGAGGUGUUUGUAUCGAUUUCUCACGCAUGAACAAGAUAGUGACCCUACAUAAAGAUGAUUUGGAUGUGAUUGUCCAGCCAGCCGUUGGAUGGGAAGAUCUAAAUGAAGAGCUGGCGAAGGAUGGCCUAUAUUUUCCAGUUGAUCCCGGCCCAGGAGCCAUGAUUGGUGGAAUGGUUGGAACGGGCUGCUCAGGGACCAAUGCCUACAGAUAUGGGACAAUGAGAGAGUGGGUUGUCUCUCUGACAAUGGUGCUUGCGGAUGGAACAGUCAUUAAGACAAGGCAGCGGCCCCGGAAGUCCAGUGCAGGAUACGACCUUACGAAGCUUUUCAUCGGCAGUGAAGGCACGCUGGGCUUGGUUACAGAGGCAACCUUGAAGGUAACGGUCAAGCCAAAAAAUGAAAGUGUAGCUGUUGCGUCUUUCCCGUCAAUCCAUCGGGCUGCCGAAUGCGUAGCAAAUAUCGUCCGGGAGGGCGUGGAACUUGCCGGUCUUGAAAUAUUGGACGAUGUCCAAAUGAAAUGUAUCAAUGACAGCAAAACCACACGUCGCACUUGGAGUGAAGCACCUACUUUGUUCCUGAAGUUUACAGGAACCGAAACCGAUAUCAAGGAGCAGAUAAAAAUUGUCCAGAGCCUGGCGAAAAGUGCCGAAAGCCAGUCGUUCGAGUUCGCCCGCGGAAAAGAUGAGAUGUCCGAGCUAUGGAGUGCUCGGAAGGCCGCUUUGUGGAGUGUUAUGGCAAAGAAGCGCGAAAAUGACCAAGUCUGGACCACGGAUGUAGCCGUGCCUAUCAGCAAACUCCCUGAUAUUAUCGAGCAGACCAAGAAAGAUAUUGUGGACAACGGCCUCUUAGCUGGAAUAUGUGGCCAUGUUGGGGAUGGCAACUUUCAUGGUAAGUACGGCAGUCAGGUCGUCGUGUUUGUUCUGAUCUAACACGGUAUAUCAUAGCCAUCCUGCUUUUCAACGACAGUGAGCGUGCUAUCGCCGAAGGAAUUGUUCACCGCAUGGUGAAGCGAGCCAUUGAGAUGGAGGGCACGGUCAGUGGUGAGCAUGGUGUUGGACUUGUCAAGCGAGACUAUCUCGACCACGAACUCGGUGAAUCAAGUGUGGAUACAAUGCGAAAGGUGAGGGAGGACGGCCCAUGUCCAAUUCUUAUUUUCCACUCAUUGCUAAUCUAAUGUAUAAACGAAUAGAUAAAACAAGCCCUAGACCCUCUUGGACUUCUUAACUGCAACAAAGUCGUUCGGGUAGAGCUGCCAGGCCAUGGAGACGUAAAGAGCUGGUAAAAUUGGUAGCAUGUACCCCUUUGAGACGCCGAUAUGUAUGAAUAGAACUACUUUGAAUUAGUCACAGUCUUGCAGCAACGAACUGUAGCCAUAUAAGAGCCUGCGGGCCAUUGACAGGCGGAUCUAGCCUUGUCGAUAGCCGGUUAACUCGCCCGGCUAGCUAUCCGGGUGAAUGUGGGAUAUCAGCCCCGGCCUGCCGCCAGCCCUCUUUGGGACUCCGCGACUGACAUCAUCUGACUCACAAGACUUUGAUGCGGCUCAAAAACCACGU